GAUUACUCGCAUCUACCACAUCAGCAGUCAGCACUGAUUCAACUUUAACUCCCUUGUUCAGACAGAGACUCCAGUGUACAACCACUGGUACGAUAGCGUCUUCUUCGCCCACAUUUGAAGAUUUGAGGUUGAACUCCUACUUGCUUCAGCGACUUGUUGGUAACAUAACUCUUUGACCAGCGCUUGAGCUUGACCACACUGCCUUCAUUUAAUGUGAGCUACUUGAUUUUUCAUGUAUUCAUGUUAUUAGAGUACCCUUUGUUUUGGAGAAAAAAGAGGACAAAUGAAGUUGCCUGCAGGAAAUGAUUGAUGGGUUCAGUUGGUUGAGUUUUGAGCUGUUUUGAUUGAAGAGCAAAUUCAAAAACUGAUCUGAAGUGAGCUAAAAGAAGAAUGAAAUCACAUAAAUUAGGUUUCCCUUUAUUUAGAUUGAAGAAUUGGUCUGGUGGUUUGUUGAUCACAGCUCUUGCUAUAGUCUUGUUUUUUAGUUACAGCUUUAUUGGAACUGGAACUCAACCCCAGCAGCUAAAUGAAGAUCAAAAUCGGAAACCGAAGCAAAAGCAAUCUGGUUAUGAUUUUUUUAGAAACCAUCCUGGCAAUGAGUCUGAUACUCAAAUUGAAGUGAAAAAAACACCAAUAGUUGUAAUACAGAAGCCGCACAUUGUAAAUGUUGAGGGACUUGGUGAUCUUUAUGCAAGAAAUAAUAUUUCAGAAGAAGAGGCGAAGCCCUUGCUUAUGUGGGCACGUAUGUGUUUACUAUUGUCUAGGUCUGAUGCUUUGUCUGAAACAGCUCAAGGGAUUAAAGAGGCUGCUGUAGCUUGGAAAGAUUUGUUGUUGACUAUUGAGAAGGAGAAGGCUGCUAAAUCAAAUGAUAGUGGCGAAGUAAAAACCUGUGCCUUUUCUAUUAGUAAACUUGAUGAGAAAUUAUCGAGAGAUGGAAAUGUUCUUGAGCUUCCUUGUGGUUUAGUUGAGGAUUCCUCGAUUACAGUUGUAGGCAUUCCUGAUGGCCGCUAUCGGAGCUUUCAAAUUGAACUUAUAGGCUCACAACUUUCUGAGGAAUUAAAGCCUCCAAUCGUCUUGCAUUAUAAUGUCAGUUUGCCAGGGGAUAAUAUGACAGAAGAGCCUUUCAUAAUUCAAAAUACAUGGACUACUGAGCUUGGGUGGGGUAAAGAGGAAAGGUGCCCUUCUCACGGAUCUGCUAACACUUUGAAAGUGGAUGGGCUUGUUCUUUGCAAUGAACAAGUUAUGAGGAGCGAAGAGAACCAAAAUGUGAGUCAUCCUAGUGGCAGAAUUGUGACCAAUGUUUCCCAUGUGGGUGUCCUUUCAACUGCGAAUUUCCCAUUCAUUGAAGGCAAUCCAUUCACUGCCACAUUGUGGGUUGGUUGGGAGGGGUUCCACAUGACCAUAAAUGGGAGGCAUGAAACAUCAUUUCCAUGUAGGGAGAGACUUGAACCAUGGUCAGUUACUGGAGUUAAAGUGGCAGGUGGUGUGGAACUACUCUCUGCCUUUGCUAAAGGCUUACCUGUCUCAGAAGACCAUGAUUCAAUUGUUGAUGUUGAGCACCUCAAAGCUCCCCUACUAUCAAGGAAAAGACUUGUAAUGUUAAUUGGAGUUUUCUCUACUGGAAAUAACUUUGAGCGCCGUAUGGCGUUGAGAAGAUCUUGGAUGCAAUACAAGGCUGUACGUUCGGGAGAUGUAGCUGUUCGAUUUUUCAUUGGCCUUCACAAGAACAAGCAAGUAAAUGUUGAGCUGUGGAGAGAAGCUCAAGCAUAUCGAGAUAUCCAAUUGAUGCCUUUUGUUGAUUAUUACAGCCUGAUCAGUCUGAAAACAAUCGCAAUUUGCAUAAUGGGGACAAAAAUCCUCCCUGCUAAAUAUAUCAUGAAAACAGAUGAUGAUGCUUUUGUUAGGAUUGAUGAAAUUCUCUCUACCCUCAAGGAAAAAGCAUCUGAUGGCCUCUUAUAUGGUCGAAUAUCUUUUGAAUCAUCACCUCAUCGGGAAACAGACAGCAAGUGGUAUAUCAGUAAGGAGGAAUGGCCACAUGCUGCAUACCCUCCAUGGGCCCAUGGCCCAGGUUAUAUUAUUUCCCGAGACAUUGCAAAAUUCAUUGUUCAAGGGCACCAUGAAAGAAAUCUCAGGCUUUUCAAAUUAGAGGAUGUUGCAAUAGGCAUAUGGAUUGAACAAUUUAAGAAUAGUGGUCAAGAAGUGCAUUACUUGAGUGACGACAGGUUUUACAAUGCCGGAUGUGAAUCAAAUUACUUUCUUGCCCAUUACCAAAGCCCAAGGAUGUUGUUGUGCCUUUGGGAGAAGCUGCAGAAGGAGCAUGAACCUCUCUGCUGUGAGUAAAUAUCAACCAUGAAACUUUGAAUGAGUUUUAACUCUUAAACAAAGGUCAGAACCUCUAGAACAAAUCUUACUUGCCAUUCAUACAAAUAUGCUAUCAGUCACCGUGCGGAUUUGUUUUUGCUAAAGUAAAUGUUGGACUGAUCUUAAUUAUACACAGAUAGUUAGUCUUUUCUCAUUUGUUCAUAGUUGCUCAUUGCGAUUGUAAUAUUGGAUGGAAAGGAUGUUGUUCACUGUGCUUUAUGUGCUUGCAAACUUCAUCUUGAUCUUGAAUUUUGAAUGGCUAUUUUGAAACUCUUCGAAACCA